UCAUCGAUUGCUCUGUUCCGCACGUUUCCAUUCCCUUUUCUUUUCCUUUCUUCUCUUCCACUCUCUCUGUAACCAUCCAUCAAAUCCCUCAUCCCUCCCUUUUCUCACUCUGUAAUUUCCCUCAAAGCCCUCACCGAUUCUCUUAAGCCAUUCUCAGUCUCGCCAGCCGUGAGGUGUUGGAGGUCGAUGAGGCGAUUGAUAUGGAGUCGCAGACCAUCAAGCAGAUAUUGGAGUUUUUGUUUGCUUGCGUAGCCGUCAUCGUCACCGUCACGAGGGGCUUUGAGUUUUCUUUAAGUGGUUGCAGUGGGUUCGGGUAAUCAAGUAGAUGACACAAAUGGCAAAACACGAAGAACUCCCGAUCCCAAUUCACAACACCCUCGACGCCGUCUACGGCGACUCCUCCCAACUCGACGAGGCCCAGCUCCGGUUCCACCAGCUGAAGUCCAAGUUCCAGCAGGUGGGUCACCCUCCCCAUCUCUUCGCUCGCUCUUCAGGGAGAGUAAACUUGAUCGGAGAGCACAUAGACUACGAGCGCUACUCGAUGCUGCCGAUGGCCAUACGACAGGACACCGUUGUCGCAAUCCGGAAGCACGACGACGGAGAUGCCGCGAAAGUUCUCAGAAUCGCCAACGUCAACGACAAGUACCAAAUUUGUACUUAUCCCGCCGACCCGACCCAGGAAAUUGACUUGAAGAAUCACAUAGGGGCACUAUUUCAUUUGUGGCUUACUAAGCCAUAUGCAGCUGAUUCAACACCUGGGCAAGAUGACUGUGCAGAUGAGAAACCUUCCGUUAAAAUCCCGGAAAUUGCGGGGAAGGUAGAGAGUGGUAUAAGAAGUCCGGGCUUGCAGUGUAUGUCGCCUGAUUAUGACACAAAGGAAAUAAAAAACAUAUAUGUGGAUUGUAGUGGAGGAAAGCCAGUUGCCUCACGGAAAGUGGAUUCUCCAAAUCAUCUUUUCACUAUCAUCUCUCUCAGUCAUGAUUCAUGACUUAGGGAUCAAGCAAGUGUUUCACUUGUCAGGAGUGAUUGUCACCAUCUUUGUGACAUAAGUCAUUUCUCUAAGAAGCAUCUUUUCCUUUGUGAAAGUCAAUUCCAGAGGAGGAGCUGUUCUGAUGUUGACGACUUCAAUUAACAAGCCUGUGCUGUUGACAUUUUCCCGUGUCCAAUAUAGAAGUCAUCAAACGUUUCUCAGGAUCAAUGCCACUUGUUUUCAGAAUUUUGGGUCGUUGGAGGAAGAAUUUGGUUGCUUGACAUUUUGAGAUUUGUUCGAAAUCUUGCAGGAAGGAAGAAUGAGGCUGUUGAAGCGCAAAAUGAAAGUUUACUUUUAUGCUGCUUGGCUGGAUCACCAUGUGAAAUUUUCAUUUCAAGAUGUAUAUAUAUAUGUUCGCAACUUUUUUAUACUUAGGACAGAAAUUUGAGUUUUAGCAUUACAACUAAAUGUCCAUGGACACAUGAUACGAAUUGGGCAUGCAGGAAUGUCAAAUUUAAAAUGGCAUGAGUUAAGGUUCACUUAUACAGUUGAAUGUU